AUGGCCAGUACUGCACAUACCAGGAAGCUCGAACUCUUUAAAGCAGCCAAGAAUGGGUUUAUUAAUAUUGACAACUUGGAUGAACAAGGCUUACCAAUGAUCACAAGCCACCGAAGAGACACAUUGCUGCAUAUAGCAGCCUUCUUUGGACAUGAACACCUUUGCAUACGCCUCGCAGAAAAACUGCCAAAUCUUAUGGCAUGCAAAAACUUCAUUGGUGACACCCCUCUUCAUGUUGCAGCAAGGGCAGGCAACCUUCCUGUUGUUAAAGCUUUGGUGGGCUUGCAAGUAGUGCCCCUUAAUAAUUUAUCUGUGAAUGAAGAUGGGAAUACGCCUUUACAUGAAGCUGUCAUUCAUAAGCAAAAUAAAGUUGUCGAGUUUUUGUUGACGAAAGAGGAUUUCAAACAAGUCAUUUCAGAUGUUAAUUUGGAAGGCAAAUCACCAUUGUACCUUGCGGUUGAAUCAGGGAAUGCUCAGAUUUUGAGCGAAUUUUUGGAGCUUUCUGGUGAGACUACUAGUAGUCACAAGAGUACUGGAGGCGAUGAAGCAAGUGCUGUUGAUAGGGGAAAACAGAUACUGGCAGAAAAUAUGAAACCAGCUGGAAAGGGAGACCAUGCUGUUGAUAUCGUAAACCUUGUCAAUGGUUGUGGUACUAGCCAUACCAGAGUAGAUGAACAUUUUGAAAUACGGGUAGAAAAAUAUGCUACUGCAAUAGUCACGAAAGAUCAAGGGAAUGCUGAAAACUCAGGAGAUGCCUCCAUCCAUUCAGAUAAUACUACCAGUAGUACUGCUAGCCAGAUCGAAGAUCCUGAAAAGAGAAAAUGUGUUCUACGUGCUGCAAUUUCCAGGAAAGAUAUAGGGAUUUUGAAAUUGGUAGCCGACAAGGUUUCUGGAUCAGUAAUUGAAGACAAUCAUAUUCUACACUUGGCAGCAUCGCUAGGCUUUCUAGAUGGCGUGAAGUAUUUGGUUGGAAAGUUCAGUUUGGAUGUGUUAAAAUGGGACGCGAAUGGCUUUUGUCCUAUACAUCUUGCAUCAAGACACGGACGUCUCCAAGUUGUGAAAGAGCUACUUGAUCACUACCCAGAUGCAAGAGAGUACCUAAGUAACAGACGCCAAAACAUUUUACAUGUUGCAGCCGAGAAUGGGAAGGAUGACAUUCUUACGUACAUACUACAUAACUAUGAAUGGGCAGAAUUUCUCCUUAACGAAAGAGACCAAGAUGGAUACACACCUUUGCAUUUGGCCACAAAGAAUUGGCACCCGAAAGUUGUAAGCACACUAACAUGGGAUGGUAGAGUUAAUUUAAAAUUAGCCACCAAGAAAGGACUGACAGCCCUUGAGAUUGCUGAAAAUAUGGAGGAAAUGGCUCCAUUUAAGAAGAGAUUAACAUGGAUGGCAUUGAUGUCGGUUAAUGCUCCAAGAGCUCAAGUUAAAGACGCAGACAUUGUAAAGAGAUUACAAGCGGCAAAAUAUGAACCGUACAACAUGGACUACUGCAAGGAUAGAGUCAACACUCUCCUGCUAGUCUCAGCAUUGGUAGCCACAGUAACCUUUGCAGCUGGAUUCACAAUGCCUGGCGGCACUAAGAACUCGGGCAAACAUGAAGGCAUGGCUUCUAUGACGCACAAGAUACAAUUCCAACUGUUUGUUAUAUUCGACAGUUUAGCAAUGUAUAGCUCCAUCAUUGUGGCAGUAAUACUGAUGUGGGCACAAUUAGGUGAUCUUGGCCUGUUGCUUAACGCUUUGAGGAUGGCACAACGACUGUUAGGCUUAUCUCUUACGAUGAUGUCUUUAGCAUUCGUGACAGGCGUAAAUCUAGUUGUGACUGAAGUACCGUGGAUUUCCAUAGUCAUGUUGGUUACGGGAAGUCUAUCUCUUAUCGUUCUUCUACUUCUCUUUGUCCCACUAUUUUUGCCCUACAUAUCCGGAUCCAUCCUUGCACGUUACAUCUCCUAUUACCCCUUUAAGUUGUUGAUUCUAGCCUCUGAAAGCUAG